AUGGCUCAAAGACAAAACCUCCCGCAGAUGGCUUAUCCUUUAGAAUGGUUCGUUAAAGACAAGCACCUGUACGCCCCUGCGCAGAUUGAGAUUCUAGCAUACCUUGACUACACUGUUCUCGAGGCAUUUACACCGACAAUAUCUGAAAAGGAUAUUAUCCCACAUCUUGAAAGAACUCUCCAAACCAGACUCACAUGUGGCGAAGUCAAAGAGAAACUAGUUUAUCUUUGGUAUCACACCGGCCCACCCAACGCCAAAGCCUCGGAUUAUACACAACUCUUCAAACGAGGCUCUAAGGCCUUACCGCUAUUGAAGGCCGAAGUUGCAGACGAAGUACGCAGAAGAGCUCGGAAUCUGUGUAUAUCCCCCCCGCCUCGUCGGCUGAGAAGUGCCUCGUGUACUCCCAAUUCUCUCCUUACACCAACCACUACAAGGGCCGUGAAAAGACCUAGACAUAGAAAGCGACCCAAAAACAAGACAGCCAGACACCAUUUCAUCACAUCAAAGCCAGUCCAAACGGACCACGGAAUUCCUUCGCCACCCAUUGAGGAACAGAUCAAUCCAUAUGUGUCCACGCCACAACCUCGUGUCAAGUUCGAGCGAUCUCUGUUUGAGGACUCAGAUGGCCAAAGUCCGACGAGAAACAUUUCAGGUGGCGCAAGCCCGCUGGGCGACAAAAGGCUCGAACAAACUCGACGGAGCUCGAUGACGAGCACUAGUAGUGAUAUGAGCGUGUCAAGUGGCAAUGCCAUCACGCGAGAAGACUUCGAGCCAAGUCCAGUUCCCUCACGCUACAGAAGCGUUGAAACAGUCCUCCGCUCCGGGCUUGAUAACCGUCAGAAUCUGGUAAAUGGACUGGAGGAUGAGAGAGAUCGGGAGCAUCGUGAAAUUGAAUAUUGGCGCGUUCGAUGCGGGCGUGCGGAGCAGGAAUGCAUCGCUUUAAAGACACGGAACCACCGCCUUCAAGUAUGCUCAUUGGAAGGACUCGAACAACUCGACGCUGCAGAGAGCACCACGCUUCGAAAACUAAACGACCAAUUAAAACAAGAGCUGGCCAUUGUCCGAUCAACUUUGGCAUUUUCCACGCGAGGUAAACUGCCCUUUCCAUCCGUCAACACAACGACUAUUUUGGACGAUAUGACGGCGAUCCGAAGCAAGCUCCGUGAUGUCCUCAUCGGAGAAGAUGUUCUGUUUUCCUUUGACAGAAUGCAGGUGGUAGGGCAUGCUGAUUUCUUCACGCUUUUCCAAGCGAUCUUCUCCGUUGAUUGCCACCAACCUGUGAACGCCAGUUCAAUUCAAAAACUCUUGAGCGGUGUCCCCUUGAGGUUCGUACUCCAGUGUUUAGUCUCGGCCGCUGUUUGUGGCUGGGUACUUGAAGCCGACGUCGGCUGUUUGUUCCAAGAGUGCGACCGCGUGUAUUCGAAACUUCGGGGCCUUCUUAUGGUACAAGAUCGGGAACUUGCCCAGAGCUUCGAAUUUGCCGCACAUCAGUCUGUCAUUGAUGAUCCCAGCAUGAGUGACUUUAUUAUCCCAAACAAAGCUCGAUAUCUUGCCCAGAAAGUUUUGCAAUGUCUCGCGCCUUUAGUCGAAAAUCCAGGACCGGCCGACGAUGGUUCCCCAGACUUGGUCACGGCUUGGUUUAAAGAGAAAGACCGCUUGAUAUACAUUUUGGAAUUAGCACUGCGAAUCAAGACUCGACUUUUGAUAAGCACAGACUUGUAUAAGUGCACCUGGCAUGCAAGUGGAACACCAUUCAUCGCGGACAGCAUGGUGCCUGAAUCCGAUAGUGCCUUGUCGAGCCCAGGGCGCGGUGCUUUGGUCGGGUUCACAUUAUUGCCGGGGAUUCAGAGAUGUUCUGCCAGUGAAAGGGAUUUCAGCUACAAUCGAUUCGUGAAAGACGCCCAAUCCCUCGAAGCAAUGACAUGGGAGCCUCUGUCAAAAGCGGUCGUCCUUUUGAUGUAG